UUUACUUAUUGCUACGUAUGGUUACAAAUUGUGUAAAGAUAUUUUAUUUAAGUUCUAAUAAAAAACAUAAAUGAUUUUAUAACGGUAAAAAUUAAGUAAGUGAUAAUGUCGGAUUCGGAAGCCAGUAAUUAUUCGGGGAGUGGAUCAGAGGCCGGUAGUGUAGUAUCGAAUAGGUCAAGAAGAAGUGCUGCAUCAAACCGAUCGGCGAGGUCCCGAUCUGUGUCGCGUUCGCGGUCACGCUCGCGAUCCCGUUCCCAGUCAGGUAGCAGGAGUCCCUCUAGAAGUAGAAGCCCUUCCAGAUCACGGUCUAGAUCAAGAUCUAGAUCACGAUCGCGUUCUAGGAGUCGAUCUGCAGAAUCUGGCGGUGGACGUAAUAGAGAUGAUGAAGCUAAGGAGGCAUCUGGUGACGAAGAAGUAGAGGAUGAACAAGAACCAGAAGGAGACGAUUUAGUGGAUUCAGAAGAAUAUGACGAGGAUGAAGAAGAGGAAAGGCGACGGAAGAAACGCAAGAAGGACAGCAGAUAUGGAGGUUUCAUUAUUGAUGAGGCUGAGGUUGAUGAUGAAGUUGAUGAAGAUGACGAAUGGGAGGAGGGAGCACAAGAAAUGGGUAUUGUUGGCAAUGAAGUGGACGAAAUUGGUCCCACUGCUAGAGAAAUUGAAGGUCGUCGCCGUGGAACCAACCUCUGGGACUCACAGAAAGAAGAAGAAAUUGAAGAAUACCUUAGAAACAAAUAUGCUGAUGAAUCAGCCGCGCUUAGACAUUUCGGUGAAGGUGGCGAAGAAAUGUCCGAUGAAAUUACGCAACAAACACUGUUACCAGGCAUCAAAGAUCCCAAUUUAUGGAUGGUCAAAUGUCGUAUCGGCGAAGAAAAGGCCACAGUACUCUUGCUUAUGAGAAAGUAUAUUACGUAUCAGUACUCUGAAGAACCAUUCCAAAUUAAAUCGGUUGUUGCGCCCGAGGGUGUAAAGGGUUAUAUUUAUAUAGAGGCCUACAAACAAACACAUGUGAAAGCGAUUAUAGAAAGCGUAGGUAACUUAAGAAUGGGUGUGUGGAAGCAAGAGAUGGUUCCCAUCAAGGAAAUGACAGAUGUAUUAAGAGUGGUCAAAGAACAAUCGGGUCUUAAGCCGAAACAGUGGGUGCGGCUAAAGAGAGGUCUCUACAAGGAUGAUAUAGCCCAAGUAGAUUAUGUAGAUUUAGCUCAAAAUCAAGUUCAUUUAAAACUUUUACCUAGAAUUGAUUACACAAGACUCAGAGGUGCGUUACGAACUGUGCAAAGUGAAAAUGAAGCCGCGAAACGGAAAAAGAAACGCCGACCCGCUGCAAAACCCUUCGAUCCAGAAGCUAUCAGAGCUAUUGGCGGAGAAGUUACCUCUGACGGUGACUUCUUAAUUUUCGAAGGCAAUAGAUAUUCAAGAAAGGGCUUUUUAUAUAAAAACUUUUCAUCAACUGCUAUUCUUGCAGAAGGUGUUAAACCAACUUUGACAGAAUUGGAACGGUUUGAGGAGCAACCUGAAGGAAUCGAUAUUGAACUCGCCGCACCGGCUAAAGACGAUCCCACAAGCUUGCACUCUUUCUCAAUGGGUGACAAUGUUGAAGUGUGCUCCGGAGAUCUCGCUAACUUACAAGCGAAAAUUAUAGCUAUAGACGGAUCCAUGAUAACAGUUAUGCCAAAACACGACGCGUUGAAAGAUCCUCUAGUUUUCAAACCGAAUGAAUUAAGGAAAUAUUUCAAAUUGGGAGAUCACGUAAAGGUAUUAGCGGGCAGAUAUGAAGGAGACACAGGUUUGAUCGUGCGAGUGGAGGCACAGAGAGUAGUUCUCGUAUCAGACUUGACUAUGCACGAACUCGAGGUUUUGCCACGAGAUUUGCAAUUGUGCUCAGAUAUGGCAACUGGUGUAGAUUCCCUGGGUCAGUUCCAAUGGGGUGAUAUGGUUCAGUUAGAUCCACAAACCGUCGGCGUAAUCGUUCGUUUAGAAAAAGAAAACUUCCACGUGCUCGGAAUGCAAGGAAAAGUCAUAGAAUGCAAACCGCAAGCUUUACAAAAGCGGCGCGAAAAUCGAUUCACGAUGGCGCUUGACUCUGAACACAAUUCGAUACAGAGGAAAGACAUAGUGAAAGUGAUAGACGGGCCGCACGCGGGCAGAGACGGUGAAAUAAAGCACUUGUACAAAAAUUUCGCGUUCUUACAAUCAAGAAUGUAUCUAGACAACGGUGGUAUAUUCGUGUGCAAAACGCGACACUUACAACUAGCGGGCGGAGCGAAGAACAACGCGACGGCGAACGGCUUGGCUUUAGGUUUCAUGUCGCCGCGUAUUCAAUCGCCGAUGCAUCCCUCGGGAAGAGGAGGGGGGAACAUGCGCGGGAGGGGGAGAGGAGGGAGAGGAGGGAUGGUGUCGAGGGGGGAUCGGGAGUUAGUGGGAGUGACGAUAAAGAUAACGGGCGGGCCGUUCAAGGGAAAUGUGGGGAUAGUGCGCGUGGCAACAGGGGCCACGGUAAGGGUGGAACUGCACUCGUCGUGUCAGACGAUAUCGGUGGAGAGGAGCCAUAUUGCGGUGGCGGGCGGGCCCACCGGGGCAGCAAGGGGAGGGGCGUCCAGCUACAGCCGCACACCAAUGCGCGCGGGCGGGUCGCACACACCCACCUACCGCGACACGGGUAUCAAGACGCCCAUGCACGGAUCAGCGACACCGAUCUACGAAGCCGGGAGUCGUACACCCCACUACGGGUCCAGCACACCCGCGCACGACGGGGGAAGGACUCCCGCGCACGGUGCGUGGGACCCGGCCGCUGCUAACACGCCGGCAAGACCAGACUUUGAUUAUGGCCUGGAUGAUGAUCAGCCCCCCGCCUAUGAGGGCACGUCGUAUGCACAGGGUCCGUUCACACCCCAAACGCCGGGCACGAUGUACGGCUCAGAUCACACGUACAGUCCGUACCGACCAUCACCCAGCCCGAGCGGGUACACAGGGGGGUACCUCGGCACCCCAAGCCCGGGGGGUUACUCCCCCCGCUCCCCGUACGCGGGGGGUUCUCCAACCCCGGACUGGCACGCGCCGGACCUGGAAGUGCGUGUGCGGGAUAAGGGGGAUGGGCUUGGGGGUCAAACAGGGGCGCUGCGGGGGGUCAGUGGGGGCGUGUGUACCGUGUACCUGCCGGGGGAGGACCGGUCUGUCAGUUUGCAGGCGGAUUUAUUGGAGCCCGUCGUGCCGCAGCGCGGGGACAGGGUUAAGGUGAUAUCUGGCGACGACCGAGAAGCGGUCGGUGAGCUGAUCUCCAUAGAGGAUAAGGAAGGAGUCGUCAAGUUUGUCGGCACGGACGACAUCAAGAUCAUGCAAUUACGCCGCCUUUGCAAAAUGGCGAACGUCUAAAUUGACACUGACAUUAAAAAUGGUGGCAAAAUUGACGGCUGUUUUAGAUUAACCUAAAAACGGAUAAAUAAAAUAUGUAAAGAUGUAAAUUCCGGAACAUUAUUGUAAAAGAA